AUGAACAGAAUGGGAAAUGAGAUUUUUAAGUUAUUUACAAUUGAAAGAAUAAAAACAGUUGAUCAAGAAUAUCAAAUGAUUAGAGAAAAGUCCAUCGAAUCAGAAAAGAAGCUAUUCUCAACACUACAAAAUAUUAUCAAACUCAAAAACAUACUUCAUGAAGCUGCUUUACUUCAAGUUGAGAUUUCUUAUUCAUUAUGUGAAAUGACUUUAAACAAUCUCAAAGCAACUCAACUGACUAACUCUAUUUUGAAUGCAUCACAGGAUAUUCUAACUCAACAAAAUCACUUCAAUUCAUUCAUCAAAGAUAAUAUAGAAAUCCCUCUCCAUUCAUUUCUUAAUCAAUUCAGAAUGUUAAGUAGACGAGAUUGUGAGUUAGAAGAAAGAAGAAAGAAAAUGGAUAAAAUGAAACAACACCUAGUAAAGAAAAAGAGAAAGAAGUUAG